GCUUAGACAGCCCCGGGCCCGCUCUCCUCCCUACCAGUAAGGUGAGGAAAUAAGAAUAACGAAAAGGGGAAAAAGGACCCACUGAAUGUGCAUCAAACAUAAGGGCGUCCGUGUAUCAUGUUAUAAAAGUGGCAUCCCAGCCUAGGGGCAGUAGAAGAAGGAGAUGUCGCCCUUGGGAGGUGCCCGAAUGAUGGCCACUGAUGAUGAGGGCGAAGGAUGAUGGUCAUGAGGAAGACGAUGGCUAAUAUUUCAGGUUGUUCUACGAGGGAUGGGCCAACCAUCCACAGAUCCCAAGGUGCUUAGGGUGAGCCUGUUUACACGGACUUUAGAGAGGAUGAAAUUAAGGCAGAGGCAAUAACCAACACCCUGGUCGUGUUCACAUACUCAAGAUUAUAAUACGGGAACAGGCCGGGCAGAGACACUGAGGCACGGCCAGACGGGGCCACACUUUCAGUGGUGGAUGGAACUGAUCAAACUCUCAUGUGUGGACGCUGCAGGAAACUGAUUGCCUCAAUGAGCUCCGAUGGAUCAGCCCCUGGGUCUUGGCUCAGGAAACGUGCUUCCCAUCAAGUCCUUGUCCCAGCUACCAUCACAGUUUUGAUCAUCAUCAUCGUUACUCUAGCAGCACUUUUAGCAGUGGAAAAAUCCAAACCACCUCUGGCUGCUCCAGGCCUCCCUGCUGGGCCCUGCUGCCCGGACGGCUGGAUCGGGUACCGAGGGAAAUGCUAUUAUUUCUCAGAGACUGACGGGAACUGGACCUACAGCCAGAGCCAGUGCUCUGCACUCAACGCCUCCCUGGCUGCGAUCGAUAGUGAGCAGGAAAAGGAUUUCCUGCUGCGCUAUAAGGGCUUCCUCGACCGUUGGAUCGGCCUCCAGAGGGAGCCAGGCCAGCCCUGGAGAUGGCCCAACGGCACCAAAUUCAACAACUGGUUUCCGAUAAGAGGAGGUGGCGACUGUGCUUUUCUGAUUGAUGAGGACUGGUUCGGCAGCUCGCGGUGCAGCACAGGGAGACGCUGGAUCUGCAGCAAACUCGAUGCCUGUACAAUGGAGAAGGAAUGUAUUGUGGAGUCAAAACUUUGAGACUCUUAGGAACUAGGCUUGGAAAAGCUUUAUUGGGGAUAACACCUGCCACUACCUGAAGAUGAAGGAGGCUGGGUCUGUAUUCUUUAUAGACUCUCCCCAGGGCUUCCCUGGGGCAAAUAGGUCUCCGGAGUUAGAUUCCUCAGGACUAGAUGAUAUUUUUCCUUUGCUCAGUUUAAUGCCAUUAGUUUGAGUUCUCUGCCCCCACAUGGUUUCUGCUUAACCAGCCUCUUCCCUCCUUAGGGUUCUCCCCUCUCAGAUCGUGGCCCAGCACAGAGGUUCCCAAACUGGUAGAGGAGCUCGUUGGAAGGGAUACACAGUAACAAGCUGACCCCUUUAAAUGACGUUGGUCCAGUGCCCCUGUGCUAGAACAGGAGUUCCACAUUUGGCCAGUUAAGAGGGCAGGGCAGCGCUUGGAGCUAUAGACUGGCCAUGGAGGAGGAAGUCCUUGAAGGAAGUUACGGGAUGUUGCUAGGGGAAGGCUGAUGAUGGGAUUGGCAGAUGGAUUUACCCGCUGAUGUCCCCAUGCUGGAGCCAGAGGGAGCUGAGGGCCAGGGGAGCAGUGGCAGGGCCGAUCUGCUAGAGAUGAAAGGUAACAGAACAAGGCGAGUGCUGGAUAUUUCCCUGGUGAGGAUGAACUCCCAGGGGAGAGGCUGUGGGGGUUGCUACUGGGAAGAGUGGGUUUGCACUCCCGCUGGAACACCCGGGCUGGCUGACAUGGCAGAAGGACAGGAGAGAACCAAGAGCAGCCCAGAUGUGGUGGAAGACACUGGAGUGUGCUCCAUUGAUGGACCAGAUGUCAUGGGAUUUUAAGGACUAUAUGCGCUGGGGGUGAUAAUUGGACUCUCUUUUGGAACCUUGCCGUGGACUAAAUAAACUGAGCCUAGGGAUGGGUCUCAUCUGGGUGGAUAAGCUGUGAUUUUUAAAAAAAAUCUGAAAAGAUCAAAUUUUGAUUAUUUAAAUUAAAACAGGGUUUUUUUUAUUUAUUUUUACAAAUAAACUUGUGUUGAAGCCUAAACAUGUCUCUUACAAUAAGAUGUUACAUAUAAAACUUAAUACUAAGCAGGAUAUAUUUGCUGCCAAGUUUUAAUGACGGUCAGACACUGAACUGCUGGAAAGCCUGGGCUAAGCACCAUGUACCAGAGUUUGCUGAAGUGCUAAACCAGCUUUUGACAGCAAUAGCCUCUUCUGUAGGUGUAGAGAGAAUAUUUUCUUCUUUUCAGUGUAUUCAACUAAUUCAUUUAAAGUUAAGGAACCACCUGGGGAGUUGGCAAACUAGUUUUUCUGGUUGUUUUUUCCCCAAUGUGUGAAUAAAAAACUAGGUGUGAGAAGACAAGAUCUAUUAGUUCUAAAUCCUGAGGGACAUGGUGACCAGAAAUAAAUAAUCAGUUCAAUUCACUAACUGCAGCUACUACUGCCUUUGUUUAAUAAAUCGGCUUUAAAUGCAAACUAUGGUUUGAUAAGAAAAUAAGUUGAUGUAGCCAACACAGUUAAGGUAGUUUUUUAAAAUAAAACAUAAAAAUGCUGAUUUUUGUGCACUUUUGAUUGAAUGUAUAUCCAAAUAGAGCUUGACAUAAAUCACAAGUAAAAGAUUAAUCUAGUAAUAAAACAUGUACAAAUUAAUCUGAAUAAAUGUACAGUAAGCUCUAUAAUUGUCAAAUGCAUGUGUCUAGGUAUGGUGUAUCCUCCUGGUUAGCAAAAAGAAGCACCACAUUGAGUGUAAAGGCUGUAUUUAAAGACAUGCUCAUCUGAACUCAUGGUUAUCAACCAAGAAGAAUUCAGGAAAAUAAAAAGUACAUAUGCAAAACAAUUUAAAUUGAUGAUUUAAAUCCAGGGU